GGUCAUCAAUUAGAUUGUUUGUAUAUAGGCCUACUAGUAGGUAUCACAACAUUUUAUCGGCCUAAUAAAAAAAUUCUUUAGAAUGAUGCUGAUGUUAAAACUAUUUUUAAAAGGUCAGCAAUGGGACAGUUUCUGUGGAUAAGCUUACGGAAAAUAUUUUUUUCUUCCAAAUUUUGUGUUCAACAGAAGAGUUAAGCUUGAAAUUAUAAUAUUUUAAAAAGGACACGACUAAAAGCUAACGCCUUUAAAGUCACGGAAAUAUCAAUCAACGCUAUUUACAACUGUAUGGCAACAGUCAAUUUAUGUUCAACAAACAUACUUUAAGCUUCACGGGGAAGGAGCGAAGUUAAUAGUUAUUUUUGCAAGGGUAACACCUAAACGAUACUUCCAAUAAACAUAGUUGGUACAUACAAAAGGGAGGUGUUAAGACAACGCCUAAUGAUUAUUCAACUGCUAAUACAGCGAACGUCAUGACAAUCGGGCAAGUUUAGGUACUCGCCCCACAAAGCCAACUUCGCCAUCGUCAAGUAGGUCAAUUUUUGUAUUAAGAAAAUGUUCACUUUCCAAAUAAAAUUAUGACAGUAAUAGUACUUUUAAUAUCUGUAAUAUUACUGUCUGUGAGAUUAUUGCCCGAUUAUUAAAAAUAAUAACUUUUUUUAAUACGAAAUUAACAAUUGAGAAAGUAUAACACAUAAUCCAAGUAUUGUAUGUCAUGCGAUGUCAAUAAUAUACAUGCAUUCUCCUCUGUCAUGUAUAAUAUAACGCUUCGUAUCUGCAAAGAAAGGCGCUAUACAUAAAUAUAAAUGUCUCAACCUUGUUUGGGAUUUUCUGCUACAGCUGUGUCAUCUUGAGACAGGAUUUCAAACACGCAAUAAGACAUCAAUGAGAUAACACUAACGUACACUGAAUUAUACUACAUAAUACCGUACAUUCUAUUUAAUAUUUGUCUAACAAAUAAACAUUUAGGCUGCUAUCAUAAAUAAAAUGCAUGUAUACUUUUAGACAUUAUUGUGUGUUAGUCCAUGGGUGCAGGCUACCACCACCCUAAUAAACGUAAUCUGUAUUGAAUAUCAAAUUGUACAACACAAAACAUUACAUUUAUUAAUUAUUCACUGAACUUUUACACCUUCAAGUAGUUUUACCACUCAGUAUAAAUAAAAAUGAUAUACCUGUACAUGCAAUAAUACAGUAGGUCUACCAUAUAAGGUCCUAAGUAUAAUAAGGCUGUUUGUCUGUUUGCCCUCCUCACCUUUCCCCCCCAACCUGAGAAAAAAAAUAGGGGUGGCAAAGCAAGAAAACUUUUUUUCUGCUUUGUUCUUUACAUGUAAAAAAAAUGUGUUUAAAAAACUCUUUUCAACCAGCCCCUUUUUAUCAUUUUAAAAAACAGAAGGGCAAACAAACAAUUUUUAUUUUUAGGCCUAAUAGACCGUCUCUCAAUGACUAUAUUGCUUUGAUAGCUGGAAUCCACAUUCCCUCUUACCUGAAAAAAAGAAAAAUAUUAACGAAAGCAUUGUGCUUGAAUUAGCUGUAAAUAUAGACACACACCACGGCAUAGAUGACGACUCCAAACAGUAGUGGGUGUGGGAUUGGGAUAAUGCCCAUAUGGCGCCCCAUACAAAUUUCGCCCGACCGAAAUUAUCGGCGGCCGAAGUCAUGAGGAAAUGGGCCCGAUCGUCUUUGGAAAAAUGGGCCCGAACGUCUACCCGCUGUUUUAGAAAAUGGGCCCGAAAGUCUACGUGGGUGGGCCCGAUCGUCCACACUAGUUGGGCCCGAUCGUCUCGUGUGCCCGAUCGUCUGUAAUUCGAAUUCGGCACCUUAUUUACUCAGCAGCAGGUUCAAAACUUCUACAUGUCCAUGUCUGGAGGCUAAAUGAACCAGAUUUUGGAUUUGAAGAAUUGAUCAGUGAUUUUGGAUCUUCAGUUUCUUCUAUAAUUAAUUGCAAUUCCUUUAAAGAACGAUUUCCCAAGACUAUGAAUCUGAUUGACAUCCGCUCACUCAAAAUUUUGUUGGCCAUUAUGACCUUUGAACUAUGAUCCGACUUCAGAAAAAAACACAACAGUGCGCACUUCGGACCUGGGACAUUCAGCAGAGGGCAUGCUCUUUCAGGUCCAGUAAGGUAUGCAUGUUGAAUGGAAGACUAUAAGAAGAGAAAGAAAAUUCAGAUGGACUACCAGCAAUGUACUGAGCAUUCUGGGACAGAAGAUGGUGCGCAACCUUUGACGAACCCUGAAUGUGUAAGAAAGAGUAGUAAGGAUGUCAACAGAGGCCUGUACCCCCAACCAUCACUCAAGGGACAAAGAUAUAUGCAAUGUGAACAAUACAAAUCCAACAUGCCACAAUCUAGAGGCCCUCAAUUUUACAGUUCACUUCAAAAUGUUCACAACUUCGAAACGUCUUCAGAAUACAGUCUGCAUACAUCUGAAAUGUCCAGUCCAAAGAGAAAAUUACCUGAGGAAUUUACUUCACUUGCAAAACUGAAAAUCAUAAGUCCACUAAGUUCCUCAAAAGCAAAUUUUUCCAGUAGUAGGUUGUCUUCUAAAUGUGAAUAUGAAUCGCAACAUGAUGCAUGGAGAUCAUCAGAAGAUGUUUCAAAAUCUGCUGCAGGUUGUUCAAAGAUGACAAAGGCGACAAAUUGCAAUUCGUCAACCAGUGGAGAAAGUGUACAACCUGUACGUAAAAAUCUGUUUAACAAUGAGAUGGGAAUCAGAUUGCCGUCAGCGUCAAAUGACCCUAAUUUACUUGCAUUUGAAGAGGACUCCACAGAUGAAGACUUAAUGAUCCGUGCAAGUGUGGAAGCAGAGAAGCGAUGUUCAACCAGUUCACUGGAUACCAAUCUAGAGGCCUUUGAAAACGACUCCUUUCUAGAUAACUUGAGUCCUACUAUGCUUGAAAACAUGGAAAUAGAAAAGUAUGAAUCUAACACUUUUGGUCUUCUUGGUGGUAGCGACUACGUAGACAAUGCGAAUGAACCAAGAGAAAACGAGGAUGUAGAAUAUUUAACCUGUUUACCAGAUGAAAUCCUCGAAAAGAUAUUUUCAUACCUGUCUAUCAGUGUAUGUUGCAAUAUUUGUGUUGUUUGUAAAAGAUGGAGCAGAAUUAUCCUAAACCAUAAGUUUCUACCAUGGAAGAAAUUAUAUCAGCGUUACAAGUAUUCUGAGAAAUCUGGUGUGUCUGCAGUAGAGGAUAUCUACACAACUAGAUCUUUUGAAAAUCCUAAAUCUUGCCUUUUGACACUAAUCAGAUAUAUGUCUGAGUUUAAGACUACAGACCAAUCAUCUAACGUCAGUUAUAUGAGCAGGCAUUCGAUGUUUCAAGUCUCAUGUGACCUGCUAAAAGAAAGGGCUCCUGACUUAGUAGCAGAAGGAGUGUUGAGUGGCUGUGUGAACAGAGUUAAAUACAAGAAAAAGUUAUACCCAAAUUUGAAAUUAUACAAUGUGGUGUGUAUGCUAGAAGAAUCCAUAGCUACAAGUUUCAAGAAGAAAAAUAUGGCAUUGUAUGUUCGUGCCAAGCUGAUAGUUAAGACCAUUAAAAACUUCAUGGCUUCGGAUGAUGAUUGCUUGAUGUUACAUCAUGUACCAGAGAAGGAAAAAGAAGAAGGCAUCAGAGGGGCAUCAAAACGGAUAAACCCGGAACGGAGAAAGAACUUAUUGAUGGAAGCAAAAACACUUUGGGAGAGAAUGCGAAAUCCAUCUGAUAAUGAGGCCUUUGUGACACAUGAUGCGUACUUGAAGUUGUUUCAACUAACAGAGCCCAAAUUACCGUCUGUUGACUGUAUCCUAAUUGAUGAGGCACAGGAUCUUACACCAGCUCAACAAGAUAUCUUAAUGCGUCAAGAUUGUGCCAAGAUCAUGGUUGGCGAUCCCCAUCAACAAAUAUACAGUUUCCGAGGAGCAACAAAUGCAUUACAGAACAUACCAGCAGCAAAAACAUUUCAUCUUACACAGUCAUUUAGAUUUGGGCCUGAGAUUGCAUAUGUGGCCACCUGUGUUCUGCAUGCCUUAAAAAAUGUCAAGAAGUAUGUUAUCGGAGUUGAGGCUCUUGGAUCUGUCCUAGGAGAAGAAGUUGGACAGAUUGCUGUUAUCUGCCGAACUAAUUUAUCGUUAUUUAACGAAGCUGCAAAACUCUGUGAACAGAAUGAGAGAGUGAAGAUUGGAUUGGUUGGGGGUGUCCACAGCUAUCGGUUUGAUCAGAUCAUGGAUAUCUACAGACUUUUCUCUCUCUCAGAUUCUGAAAGAAAAAAACCUGAGUAUCAAAUAAAGGAUAAGUUUAUCCGAUGCUUUCCAAGUAUAUCGCAACUGCAACGCUAUGCUGAUGAUGUUGAUGACUUAGAUUUGCUGGGAAUGAUACAAAUUGUGAAAACUCAUCACAUCAAAAUACCUGAACAUAUAGAAAGAAUAAAAUCAAGAGCUGUCGAUGACAUCACACAAGCUGAAGUGGUAUUCACAACCGCGCAUAAGGCGAAGGGAUUGGAAUUUGAUACUGUUAAAGUGACGUGUGACUUUUUGACUGAAACCAAAAAUGACAAUUUACCUGGUUUUGGCGGCAUUCCGGCCCGCUUGCAGAUGAAUGCGAAUCAACCAGUGGAUGAGUUCAAUCUUCUUUAUGUUGCUUUGACAAGAGCAAAGAAGCGAUUGAAGCUAACUAGCCCUAUUCUCAAGAUGCUUGCCAGAUUAAAUGAGACCUUUUCCUAUCCGGUGUCUACAAAAGCUAUAACCAGAAAUGAGGAGGGUGUACUUGUGAAAUGUUUUCAGUGUUCUGCGGAGAUUAAUUCAAAUACCGUGUUAGCUUUUGAAAGGUUGAAAGUUGAUCUGGGAUAUUCCACACAGGCUAAUCGACCUGCAGGAUUUUUGUGUUCUUGGUGUGCUGGUGCCGAAAAUGUUGGACUCUCUUCAUUGGUUUCGCAUUGACAAGCACGAUAACAUGUACCAGAAAAGCCAAAACAAAAGCCCAGGGGACACCAUAAAGAAAUGUUUUUUAGAGAUUAAUAUUUGAAGAAUACUUUAGAAUGUAAUGAGACUUCUCAUUUUUUACUGUAUUUUUAGAUUAGGAUACCAAAAUGGUGUGCUUAGUUGACCAAAGUAAACAGUUUUGGAACCAAAUGAAACAGAUGGGUUGAAAUAUCAAAAGUUAAGUGUUUUGGAAAAGCAUGCUUCAAAAUAUACCACUACAGUAAUUAAAUAAUAUUCAUAAUAUAAAACAAUUUUAUCAUAUUAAAUUGAAUAAAUCUUUGAAUUUGCUGUAUCCAAAAAUUUGAACUUUAAAAAACUUUUAUAUCAUCUAUUUAUAGGUUACUUUUUUAAAAACUUUUUUCAUCUUUUUCUUACAUUUGAUUUUGAUAUAUAUUAAAUGAAAAAUAAACAUACACAUUAAGCAAUUGGUGUCCAAGGUUUGUUUGUGUAUCUGUCCAAGGUGCUAUUAUUCAACACAACAUAAGGAAGAUGUUAUAACAAUAAUAAUUAUGUUAAAAAUAAUUUAAAAUAUUUAUUACUCCAACAGUUUACUAGUAUUAUUAUUAUUAUUAUUUAAUUUUAUGAUUUGAAACUUACUUUGAAUAUUUGAAAACUGAAGAAAAAGGGCGAUUACACCCCUUUUUCCUCAGUUUUCAAAUAUUCAAAAAUCUGUAUCUCAUUCACCGUUUCCCAGUUGUUCAUCAAACA